CGACCCGAUUGGAUUGAUCCAGAUGAGUGUUCCGUCGCCCGUGGCCUACACCGCUGCCGCAACUGGCCCCCACCAGGUGCAAGUGCAACCUUCGGUGGACGAAGUCAACCCCGAGUGCCAGCGCGCGUCGCUGCCGCGCCUCGUCAACCGCCGCGUGCUCACGACGCUCUCGGUAGCCGCGCUCUGCUACUUUAACGUCAGCGGCGGGCCCGUCGGGUCGUCGCAGAUCUUCUCCGCGGGUGGGCCGCUCCUCGGUCUCAUCGCACUGGCGAUCUUCCCGUUCAUUUACUGCAUCCCGCUCGCGCUGGUCACGGCCGAGCUCAGCACGACGUACCCGGAGAACGGCGGCUUCACCGUCUGGGUCUUCCAAGCCUUUGGUCCCUUCUGGGGCUUCCAGGAAGGGCUCUGGGCGUGGGUCUCGGGCGCGAUCGACAACGCCAUCUACCCGGCGCUGACGGUCCAGCUCAUCUCGACGUACUCCGAGUCGCUCACGGAAGGCGUCUCUGGCUGGUUCCUCAAGGUCGGCGUCGCGCUCAUCUACGCGCUGCCCAACAUUUUCGGCGUCCGCCUCGUCGGCUGGGGCAUGGUCACGCUCGCCUUCAUCGUGCUCGUCCCGUUCAUCAUUUUCACGAUCUGGGCGUACGCGGCCGCGGAGGACUGGUCGUCGCUGCACAUGAUCCGCCGCAACGACACGACUGACACGGACGUGGGCACGGGCCCGGCCAUGAUCCAGUGGGACCUGCUCAUCAACACGCUCUUCUGGAACUACAACGGCUUUGCGAACGCGUCCGUGUUUGGCGGCGAGGUCGCGAACCCGUCGCGCACCUACCCGCGCGCGCUCAUGAUCUGCACGAUCGCGGUCAUGCUCACGUACUUUUUCCCGCUCUCGGCCUCGUCCGUGUACAACUCGCCGACGUGGCAGACGUGGGACGACGAGGCCUUUUCGUCGAUCGCGCAAAACCUCGGCGGCGACACGCUCCUCGGGCUCAUCACCGUCGCGACCGUCGCCUCCAACUGGGGCCAGUACUCGUCGCAGAUGUUCGUCGUCUCGUACCAGCUCACGGGCAUGGCCGAGUGCGGCCUCGCGCCCAAGAUCUUCCUCAAGCGCGCCGAGCGCACGGACGUGCCGUACGUCUCGGUCGCGCUCAGCUUCCUUGUCAUCGUCAUCCUCGUCGGCUACGAGUUUGAGGUCGUCGUCAACAUGACCAACGCGGUGUCGUCCAUGUCGAUCAUCCUCCUCCUCGUCGCCGCCAUCAAGCUGCGCGUGACGCACCCCAACAUCCACCGCCCGUACAAGGUGCCGGUGAGCACCAAGGUGCUCGCGCUCCUCCUCACGGUGCCCGUCGCGAUGCUCUGCUACAUUGUGUACACGGUCUUCGCCCUCGACACGAUCGUACCCGGCAUCCUCGUCGGCGUCGUCAUCAUCGUCGGCGCGCUCUACGCCGUCGCGCUCAAGCUCACGCCCAAGCACUUUGUCGACCCCAAGGCGACCGCGUCGCUUGCAUAGCAUCGCCAAUCGUUGAAGAGAAAACUAAGUUAUCGAGUAAACAACGACUGUACCAUGGGCCAUUUCAC